AUGCUCGAAUUGGAAGAUCGUGAUAAGUUGAUUAUCACCAUUCUUUGUGGGGUGGUGGCUCUUGCCAUUGCUUAUUCUAAGUACUUGGAGACCCAACAAGAUAUGACGGAAUUGGCACUCUCGUCACAAACUAGCGUGGCUCCUACCAGAAAACCUGGGGAAACCGCUCAUCAUCGGAACCUUCUUGUGCCUCAUGGAUUCCCGCUUCUUCAUGGCUUAUCAAUCAAACAUAGUUACAAGCUACGGGAUGGGAACGUUCGGGAUAUCUGGGCGUUGGCCAUGGAACAUCAAGCUGACACUCCGGUACAAUUCUUCACUAGCAAUGGUAAACCGAAACUAUCCACCGAUUAUUUGACGUUAAACAAGGUUUUUGCCGAUUUCUACAACAAAAUCAUGAAAGAAUUCACAUUGGCAUCGGAUGGCGAUGGGCUGUUGAAUCUUAAAAUUGGGACGGUGUUGCCAGCGUACUCGUGGCAAGGGGUGGUAUUGGCAAUGACCUGUUUCAUCAACAAUUUGACGCUUCAUACGUUCCAUACCCAUAUGCUAAAGUAUAAUGUUGGGGAUUUGGAUGUGCUCGUGGUGACGAAGAAGGAUCUCCGUACUGCAGUACGCCAUUAUCGAACGGUCAAGGUGAUUGUGGUGAUUGAUGAUGAUGAUGAUGAUGUCCCAGAUCGGUAUUCUAUGGAAGAUUAUAAAAGGGCAACCUUACCAAACAAGUUGGUGACCUGGGAGGAGUUUUUCGGGAAUUCUGAAGUGGCGUUCCAAAAAACAAAUCACGAUGAGAAAAACGGGGUUUAUGACUAUCAAUAUGAUGGGAAAUUCGACGAUUUCAUUCCUCUCAAAGAAACCUUGAAUUUCAAUACCGUGGUGUACACCAAUCAAAAUCUUGUCAGUUGCGUAGCCCACGAACUCAAACAACUACCAAUGGGACAAGAAUGGUCAAAUAGUAACGAUGAGCUCGUGAUUCUUAAUGAAGAUUCCAGUUUGAGUUUCUACAAUAAAUUCCUUGCUGGGUUAGUGGUUGGGCUACCAAUUACCAUUGUUGAACCGUUGAAACUUCAUGAGAUCCGGUCGAUUGACUUUGACGACGUGGAACGCCAACAAGAACGCGAGGACUCCAUUAUUUACAAGAAGUUUUUCAAAUUAUUCAAUAAAUUCCAACAACUGGUGUUCACCAAGCAGAACGUGAUUGCGGUGAUUCCUGAGCGGUAUUUGAAAGUGAUUUACGAAAAAGAAAUUGAGGAAUUCUCAAAAACCCCAAUGCUUCGGAAAUUCUUGAUUGGCCGAUCCCAAGUACUAUUGCAACAGAAUGUGUUCAAUAAAUUGGCCCCACACCCAAGCAAAGUGUUUGAUCGAUUACGAGUCAUUUACAGCUACUCGUAUAAAAACUCUCGUGAUAGUUGUCUCACUUCAUGGCAAUUAUCGAUGUUGCGGACGAUUACCGGUAGCAGAAUCAUCAAUGAACGGUAUAUUCCUGGAACGAUUGGUCCAUUAUUCAUGACCCAAUUGUACGAUUAUCGGACGGUCGAAGACGAUGCUGAACAACCAGAAGAAGACGAUAUUGUCAAGAAAGAUUACAUGGUGCUUAGAGGAGUGCCUUCGCAAACCAUCGAGAUAAAGCUUGCGGAUUAUCAUUUGUUGGACGAGGAAUAUGCUGCCGAAGACGGGAAUGGCGAGCUAUGUAUUAGGGGGUUCAUCAUUGGUAGAUCGAUCGAUCUGGAAAUCGUCGAGCAAAAAAUUAAGGAUGGUCAAAGAGUGGGAGGCGAAGGAUGGAUGCCAACCGGAUUGGUGGGGAAAAUUGCUGAUGAUGGAUGUUUUUAUGAAAAAGUUUAUGAGUUGUAUUAA